AAUGGUCAAAUAGUGAUUAAUCUUUUACGAGUUUGUUUUCUUUUUAUACCAGUUACCCUCUUUUCUUUUGCGAAGUUUGUUUAUGUUAUUUUUACAUAUACAUCAUUGAAUGAAUAUGAAAUGGCAAACGGAUUCUAAGAGAAGAUAGAAGAGAAUAUGAAAUUCGUAGUUUGCUUCUUGGUACUGAUUGCUACAUUCAUUGCGGUACACAGCAAAGAAGAUAGCAAAUCUAAUGAUGUAGCGAAAAAACAUCUCAAGAAAUUCCUUCACCAUCAUAAACACAAGCACCACCAUCAUCAUCACCACCCUCAUCACCAUCACAAACAUCAUCACCAUCAUAAGCAUCACCAUCAUAAACACCACCACAAGCCACCGCCGACAUUCAACCAAAAGCUCGUGAAAAUUUUAAAGCAAGAGCGACUCCAUCCGCGCCAGCAAGCAGAAUAUGAGAAGGCGACCAAGAGACAAAGCCUUCCAGAGCUGCUGGUCAGCCUAGGGAAAGGCUUCAUGCAGUUAGGGUCGAACCUGGCAACCGUGCCUGGCAACUCCACAUACAAGCCAGCUGCUACUAAACGCGCUCCUACUCCAGCGACAUUGACCGUUUUAGCUCCCACCAUGCCCGCCGCCAUGGGUCCGUCACGUGUAGUGAUAACUGCCCCUCCAUCCGCUGCCACCACUCCCUCUCCUGUCUCCGAUCUUCCCGAUGUUGUCAGUAUCGAGGAUGCUGCUGGGAAUGAUAAGGAGGAUGCAGCGAUGACACCCACACAUCCAGCACCACAACAUCACAAAGUCAAACCGGUUACCGAAGGGCCUGACGACAGCAUCGUAGUACCGCCUCAAAACCAAGUCCAUAAACUGGUUAUAACACCAACACCGAAACCCCCUCAAGACACUCGUCAGCCUACUCACCCUGCCCUUGCAAAGCCGACAAAAGCGCAGCAGAUGCCGUGGCCGACAACUUUUAAGAAGACAUCCUUAAAUGAUGCCCCAGCCAAGCUAAAUGGACAGGGAUUAAAAGUCACUAAGCAGAAACCACUGGUUGAAGAGCCACAAGAGGUUCCAAACCCUGGGGUGGAGCUGUCGGAGAAUGAUGUCCUCGGCUACGACUCGAAGAACGCGUCGUCGGAUCAGAUCGACGGACCGGAACAUGAUCAGACGAACUACCAUGAUAUGGAUGUGCACCUUUCCCAAGAGCCUACUGCUAACACAAUCAACUCCACUGACACGUCCGCCGUAUCAGACGUACUCGAACCGGAAACUGCUACUGCCACAGAAACACCAAACGUGUCUGAUGCACCUGCCGCUCUAGAUACACCCUCUCAACCCGCCGUAAAUGCAGAAGGCGCAAAAACCAACCCAUCACUUGAACCCCCCUCAAGCGAAGACAACCCAGCCGCGGUAGCAAUGGCAGAUGGUGCUAAAACCAUCACGUCACUAGAAACCCCAACAAGUGAAGAUACCCCAGCCGCGGUAGCAAUGGCAGAUGGUGCUAAAACCAACACGUCACUAGAAAUCCCAACAAGCGAAGAUACCACAGCCGCGGUAGCUGUGGCAGAUGGUGCUAAAACCAACCCAUCGCUAGAAACACCCACAAGCGAAGAUACCCCAGCCGCAGAGUACGUAGAAGAACCCAACCAGUCUCCUCCCACAUUAACGAAUACAUCUUCCAAAGACAAAAGCACAAAUACGCCAAUAGACGGGGUAAAGACUAAAAACAUCGACAGCAUUCAGAAUCCAGGUACUGCUAACAAUAAGGAAGUCCCUGAGAACAAAACAAGCGACGCUACAGCCGAGAUCCUUACAGAUCAACCCGUGUCCGAAGUCAUUCCUGUCCCCACGACAUCCCGGACAUCGAACGCAGAGACGGCACCUUCGGAAGAUGCAAACCGACCAUCAGCAGACUCACCUCAACCCUCCGAUCCUGAUGACACUGCGCAUGCGCUGAACUCCACCGUGGAGGAUUCAUCCUCGGACCUCGGACAAAAUCCCCAAGUCCCGGACUACGUCCCGGACAGCUCCCCGGAUCCCGGCGCAGAGCCGGAUAGCGUCCCUCAAUCCGUACAGUCCGACACACCUGCUGAUGAGGCCCAAUCAGACUCGGAAACCGGGCCACAGAUGGACGCUUCUAAUAUGCAGAACACAGCCUUCUCCUCACCAGAGUUCCGAUAAAGCACCCAACUCUCAUAGGGACUCCUGAUAUUUUACAUCUAUUAUGGCAACGAAUAUUAAGAGAAUCUGUCAUGUAUCGAGGUGACUCAAAUAAGGUCACGCGAUUUCCAAUCACAUAAAAUUUUUCUGGUAGAUAUUACUGUUUUUAAAAGGGAGGUUCUGAAGACAAAGUCAAAGAAAGCACAUAAAAGGGGUUUUCCAAUGCACAAUAACGUAUGUUAUAAUAAAUAUUUUGGCUAUUGUAUGCUUAUAACAUGUGUGUAAACAUUUCAUGUGAUAAACGUAUACUUUCAUCA